AUGACCAGAAGUGGCUUCACCAUGGACGUCUCGGCCGUGCAACUGCGUCUCCCAUCUUUCUGGCCACAGGACCCGCAAGUUUGGUUUCACCAGGUCGAGGCGCAAUUCUCCCUGUACCGCACUGCCUCGGAAACGACACGCUACUACCACGUAGCCUCAGUCCUUCCUCCUGAUGUUGCCAGCGAGCUCUCCGACGUCCUCUCCAACCCCGAAGACACUACGCCAUUACAGCACCUUAAAACCAAGCCCUCCACCUCUCUGCUGGUACCACCGGCGUUUCCCACACCGAGCCACGAAGUGUACAUCUCCAUGAUCGUGGCAGGGAAACGCCUGCCGGGAUCACUGACGGUGGCGUGUCAUCUCACUUCUCGUUCCAGCGGCCUUUUCAUGGUCACAGACCAGCUAUCGGGCGCCAGGUUCCUUACAGAUACAGGCACGGAAAUUAGCGUUGUGCUCCCGACUAAGGCUGAUAGUUCGAAGUCACAGGGGCAAGUGCUUCGUGCUGCUAACGCCUCGUCUAUAGCGACGUAUGGACUCCGAUCCCUCACCGUCGACUUCGGCCUUCCCCGCAUUUUCCGGUGGGUUUUCGUCAUCACAGACGUGGUUCAACCGAUCAUCGACUCGGACUUCCUCUCAUACUUCGAUUUGGACGUCAGCGUGCGGUGUCGCUGCCUCAUAGACGGUCAGACUCGUCUCUCCAUCUCGGGAGUCCUGUCCGACAUCGCUCCAAUGACCAUCCGCAUGCUGAUACCUUCCUCACCAUUCGAAAAAAUCUUGGCGAGUUUCCUGGAGUUAACAAAACCGUGCAACCUCACUCAGCCGUCUAAACAUACGGUGACACACCACAUCGUCACCCGGGGUCCACCGGCAGCCGCUCGACCACGCCACCUCUUUGGAGACCGCCUAGCUAUUGCUAAACGGGAGUUUGACUACAUGCUGCAGCUCGGCAUUAUACGCCCGUCGUCAAGCGCUUGGGCUUCCCCGCUGCAUUUGGUGCCAAAGCGUGAUUCUGGUGACUGGCGUCCUUGUGGGGAUUAUCGAGCGUUGAACGCCAAGGCUGUCCACGAAAGCUAUCCCUUACCUCACAUCCAGGAUUUUACAUCGCGCCUCGACGGCUGCACAAUUUUCAGCAAAGUGGACCUUGUUAAGGCGUACCACCAGAUUCCUGUCGAGCCCGCCGACAUACCUAAGACCGCCAUCACGACGCCCUUUGGGUUGUUUGAAUACGUGUGGAUGCCUUUUGGACUCCGCAAUUCGGCUCAAACUUUCCAGCGGUUCAUUUCUGAGGUCACACGGGGCCUCCCUACUAUGUUUGCGUACCUUGACGAUGUCCACAUCACCAGCCGCAUGCCUGAAGAUCACGAGCACCAUCUUUGCGCUCUGUUCCAACGUCUACAGCACUACGGCCUCUUUGUGAACGCCUCGAAGUGUACUUUCGGCGCAUCUCAGCUCGAGUUCUUGGGCCAUCACAUAUCAUCCAAAGGAAUACGCCCUCUCCGGUCCCACGUUAAAGCAAUCCAGGAUUAUCCUCAGCCUACACACUGCGCCAAUUACGCCAAUUCCUGGGGCUUGUGA